AUGGGUAAAGGCGUCGAGUUAAAGUGCUCAAUCUGCUCGAAGGCUUUUGCCUGCAAAAGAUAUGUGGUCAAGCAUAUGGCGAGAGUGCACAGCAAGAACAAGGAAGACAGGAAACCGUUGGAAUGCGCGAUUUGCGGCAAGGAUUUCCCGCGCUUGUCGCACCUUCAGCGUCAUCAAUUGAUCCAUAUCAAGGAGAGAGAAUGGGGUUGCCCGUUUUGUGAACGGAGUUUUGUGCAGAAGCCCCAUUUGGUUAGGCAUAUUGGUCGUUGUCAUGCGUCAGAAGAGAGAACUGGUCUGGAAGAGAGGAUUACCGCUAAUAAGUGGAGGGCGGAUGACAUACCUGUACUUCUGAGUGCGUCGAACACCGUCGCCAAACCUCCUUCGACUCCUCAACUGAUCUCCGAUCUCAUUCCUAGUUUUCUUUGCAUCCAAUGUGGAGCGAUAUUCUCGACAAGAACAGAUCUCGAUCGACAUUCUAAGAACACUCAUCGCCCAUUGAAGUGUAACCAUUGUGGAGAGAUUUUCAAAGGAUAUGCGAAGCUGAAGUCACACGAAAUGCAGGAAAGAGAUCAAGCUUACGCUUGUUCAUGUGGAGCGUCGUUUGCUCGUGCGGCAGAAUUGCGGGUCCACACGGAUUCGUGUCGCAAACGCGGAUCGUUUCUUUGCGUGGAAUGCGAAGAGGUAUUCACACAACGUGUGCAGCUCGAUCGACACUGGAACAGGACCCAUUUCGUUAAAUCACAGUGUUCUGACUGUGGAUGGACUGCAACGACACCGCUUCGCCUUGCUGAACAUGCACUUAAAGAGCAUACCAUGAAAAUUUGUGGUUAUUGUGGUGCUGCACAACCAUCAGUCGAUCAUGUAGCAACAGAACAUUGGAAACGACUCAACAGAUCUGUGGCUUUGCGCAAAACUGAUGGAAAAAAGAUGAGAACUCUUACAAAUAAAUUAACAGUCGAUCGAAAUAUUGCUUCAUCUUGUGAGGAAAAGGAAGAUGUUCACAGUGACGAAGGGUCACUUCUGGAUGUUUCGAAGGAAGACAAAGAUUCACCAUCAAAUACAAAAUGUAGUAACUCAUCCGCUGCAUCGACAUCUGGUUCGGAUUCAGAUUUCGAAUCUACACACACUCGAAAUGAAAUACAGAAUAUGAAUCACGAAGAGAACCAUUUGGUCCUCCCAGAGUCGUCAAAUUCAGCUGAAAUAGUGGCACCACAAAUUCGUGAAAAGUGCUAUUUGAAUGUAGUUGUCUCUGUUCCGGAUGACGUUGUAGACGAGUUUCACUUCGGGAACCGUUUGCCUCCAGAAAUUCUCCGUUUAUUUCCUGAGUUCGCUAGUGCACGACUAUGUCUUGUGGAACCAUUCGUCGGGGAAAGUCGCUUUCUAUCUUUGCACAUCCCUGUGAUGCGUCCACCGGAGAGCAACACAGAGGCAGCGAGGCUACUCUCGGUGCCGAUCUACGUCUGA